AUGAUGUAUUUUUCCGAAAUUUCAAAGAAGAUGAUAUAUCAGAUGUACAAAUCAGUAUACAGGAUCAGCGUGUCGUUGUUACAACCACACUACCAGCUGAUUCGAUACUUGCAGUGCUGCAGAAAACUGGUAAAAAAUGCAAGCAGAUUUGUUGAAGGAACUCUCAUCCACCAUCAAAAGUUUUUGCUGCUGUAUUCAACUGUUUUGUACCUCUACUAUCCAGUUUUAUUCAAUUACAUCUCGGUGCUUGAAGAGGAGAACAGGAUCUUUGUCCAAUUUAUCAUCGUUCCGAGUAAAGUUUUGAUUUGA